CGAAACGGACUUAUCAAGAUUCAAAUAUGGAUGAUAAAUAAGGAGUAAUUUAAUGCAUGUUUAGACCAUUUAUAUUUUGUAUAAGAUUUUUAGCAUAUGGGCAUAGCAGUUAUAAGUUAUAACUAAUGUCCGCUCUUGGUGGGGCAGUGAUAAGGGCCAGUGUUCCGAGGUUGACCUUGGAUGCUGCAUUUGAACAGAAGAAUGAUAUAGCCAAAGCAGUUGAGGAAGAGCUGGAGAAGGCUAUGCCUGCAUAUGGCCUUGAGAUUGUCCAGACCCUCAUUGUGGACAUAGAGCCCGAUACUCAUGUGAAGAGGGCUAUGAAUGAGAUAAAUGCUGGGUUAUUUUCAAACCACAUCUCAUCCUCAAGCUUUGUGUGAGCCCUGCUUCAACCGACGAAGAUGAAAGAAGCAAGAUCGUCGUCUGCCGCUGCUCUAAUCGACGAAGAAGAAUGAAGAUGACCGAAGUGAUGUUGUCCUGCGUCACGACUCUCAUCUUUUACCUGAGUUUGCAGCACCAAGAAUCGGGAGAAGACGCCUAUGAACAUUAUGCGCCAGACAUGCCUUGAAUAAACAAAUUGGGGAUCCGGAC